AAAGCUCCCGAAAACAGCUUGGCAUUCAAUGAGUUAAUAGACUACCAAAUCUGUAAGAUAUACAGCUGAAACCUUCACCUGUGAAAUGCUGUCCCAUCACAGUAGCAGUAUUUGGGCUAGUAGUUCCUAUCAUAAGUGAAAGGAUGAAAGCUCAAAUGCAGAUUUUUGGAAAAGAAAGUAUUGGUUCAAAGAUAUUUGCACAACACAAGUGAAUAAAUCUGUGUGUUUUACAACAAUUUCCAUCAUAAAGUGUAUUUGUCUGUAUUAACCUGACAGGUUAUGUGAGGACACGUUAUAUAACAGGUUAUGCUGUUUGUGGAAACACGGCACAUGGCAUGUGCUCUCAGUGUGGCAACACAAAGCCACACAAAGGUCUUGAACAUCAGAACAGGUUUAUGCUUUAUAGCCUCAAGGGAAAUCAGGAACAGUGUCUUAUUUACAAUGAUGCGCAUCAAGGGCGAGACAGCAUGAAGAAAGAGAAUAAAGAUCCACCAGCUGUUCUGACUAAACUAGUAAAUAGUCAGGUCAUAGUCAGUUACACGAAGAAAUAUGUGGAAAACAAAACAGUCAUGUAAUAUGUGGAAUGACUCCUUCCAGGUUGCCAAGAGAUGGAGUUGGUCAUCCCAUCUUAGACCACACUGAAUCAGUCCCUGAGUGGUGCCAACCUGGCAACCCAGAUCAGAUAACUAGUGACGCAGGGGAUACAGCCAUGCAGAACAGUGACACGCAUAGUAUCCCCCUUAUCUCUCAAGACAUGCCAAGAGGCAUAAAGGGCAGUAAGUAAGUCUCAAGACAUUGUCACACAAAGAUUCAGGGAUGGUACAGGAAGAGAAUGACAUAAAAAAAAAAACAUGUGACAACACAUUACAGCUGACUUUCUGACUGUAAUCACAAUGAGGCAUAAAAAGAUGUAAACUAAUUAUAAACAUCAUAACCCCUAUGGGCAUGCACUGGGCAACUAGACGGAAGAGAAAAUAUGAUAGGAUAAUACAUUUUAGCACACAUUUAGCACAGCUACAAUAUAUUAUAUGAAUCAUUGAAACACGUCAGGAAGUACUAUAUACAAUAUACAGAAUAGAAUAUAUAGGGGGGAAAAUGGUGAGAGCUAGCAUUCAUUGUUGGUUAUAAAACAGCUUAACAUGCAGUAGGUCUGUGGGUACAGGUCUUCAAGGCUGUUUCCCCACAUGUGGCUUAGUGUGCAAAUGCAUCCAGUGUUCAUUGCCUCCAAACAUUAUUUAGAACAGCAGGAGACAUACACUCUGCCACAUGCAGUCCCAAAACAAUAUGCACUUUUUACAUUAAACAGGGAGCAGCAGAUUACAGUCAAACACACACAUACACCUUCCACCAAUCAGAGAUGAAAGAAAUAGAAAAAAACAAGGAGUCUGAGCAGUCUGACAGGCUCAUGUGCCCAGAUCUGGGUGUGUAGUCGGGUUGGUAUAUAUAUUGCAGCUGAUCAUUCUCCUUUCUUCACACUUCAAGAAAUCAUGGGGGUCAGAGGCUUAAUAAAAUUCAUCAAGGCUAAAGAUGAAUUAAACUCCAUCUUGGAAAGUUAUUCAUUUCCACAAAUGACUCAAAUGAUGAUCAUUGACGGUUCAAGUCUGUUCUAUUCUUUGUAUUUUCAAUCAGAUUUGGACAAGAACCAUGGUGGCGAUUAUUCUGGAUUCAAAGAGGAAGUCUGUCGAUUCUUUGACACUCUGCUUCGAUGUAAAGUUAAGUGCCAUGUCAUUCUGGAUGGAGGCUCGGAUCCUGACAAGCAAAAGACUCUCGAGUCUCGCCUUAAAGAUAAGCUGAAGACAGCAAGUGAAAUAGCAACAGAACUUUCUGGUGGCACUGUGCCAAAAAAAUGCAUCCUACCACCACUCAUCAAAGAUGUCUUUAUACAAAUCUUACGGGAAAAAGACAUAAUAUUUCAACAGUGCUUUGGGGAGGCAGACCAAACAAUUGCUCAUCUCGCAAAUAAGCUGAACUGUCCUGCUCUAUCUAAUGACUCAGAUUUUUACAUCUUUGAUUUGCGUGAGGGUUUCCUGCCUUUAGACGACUUUCAGUGGAAAGACGAGAACAAUGGGGAAUUCCUGGCCAAGCGCUACAAACUUUCAAAGUUUUGUGAGCAUUUUAGGUUAGACCCGGCUCUCAUGCCAGUCUUUGCUUCAAUAGCAGGAAAUGAUUACUCAUGUUUAGAGUUUGUACAGCUUCCAUCACAGCCGUCAGAGACUUAUAACAUUACGCGGCUACAAGAAAUCCUCAAGUUUUUAGGGGGAGUAGACCUAACAGGAUUGAAUGUCUCUGAGAAAAGAAAGAAGUCUCUAACAGAAGCUUUUGCGUCUGUUAGUAAAACUGAUGAAAGUACACUUUUCCUUCAUUCCAUUGGAAAAUAUACCAUUCAACUUCCUGAACUUCCCGAACUUCCUUUUUGGUUCCUUAAAAAGUUUCAGAACGGAGAACUCACCUCCUUCGUCAGAGAUGUUUGGAUUCAUAAGAAAAUGAUGUUGACCCCACUUGUGGAGGACUUUUCACAGCCCAGCUGUUACCAUGCUGCUCGUCGCAUCAGGCAGUACUUCUAUGGACUGAUACUAGGGAAUGGGAAUGCUAUUUGCAUUGAGUAUGACAGGAAGAAGGGAGGCUCUGUGGUUUCGGUUAAUGAAGUCACGUCUCUCCUGAUAAGUGGGAACAAGGAUGAACAAAAUAAGCUGCAACUACAUCAUCUGAAUAAGGCCCCUCUGAAAUUGCGUCAACAGGUACUGAAGGAAGCUCUGGAUGUUCAAAGCUUGGACUUAAAAAACAUCCCCAAACAUUUGCAGCUGCCCCUCUGUGUGGCCAGUUACUGGUGGAGAUAUCGCCAAGGACACCACUCAUCACCUGCAAAUAUCAACUAUCUUCAUGCCCUUUUGCUGGGGUUUCUAUAUGAACUCCAUAAUGCAGAACCGGGUGCAUUUAAGGAGGAGAUGGGAGCAAUCAAGGUUGAGGGGGAAAGGAGGCAACUGGAUCUCCAUGUGGCUCACGCCUUCAGCCAAUGGCAGGUCUGCAUGAGGCAAAGCCUCCAUCUGAACCAGCUGCUGUGCUGCCCACUGCCUAAGCCUGCAUGCUAUCGGCUGUACUGUGGACCUCUUGUGCACCAGCUGACAGAGAAAAUUAAGACAGAAGAAAAUGCCGUCACAGAACUAAAGAACUCACUGAAUGAAACACAGAGAAUACUAUUUGAAGAACUACUUCUUCAAAGUAAAGGAGUAAGGGAAUCUAGGAAGGGAAAGAAGAACAAGAAGGAGGAAGAAGAAAAUAAAUUGUUAGAAAAUAACCGAUAUUUUCCGUUAUCACAGUAUAACAGUCUGUGUUGAUUAUGUGUUAUAACCGAUAUUUUCCGUUAUCACAGUAUAACAGUCUGUGUUGAUUAUGUGUUAUAACCGAUAUUUUCCGUUAUCACAGUAUAACAGUCUGUGUUGAUUAUGUGUUAUAACCGAUAUUUUCCGUUAUCACAGUAUAACAGUCUGUGUUGAUUAUGUGUUAUAACCGAUAUUUUCCGUUAUCACAGUAUAACAGUCUGUGUUGAUUAUGUGUUAUGUCGUCGGAAUAAACUGCCCAACACAA